UUAAAACAGUAGUUAGUUGUUGUAGUUGUUGUUCUAUCAAGAAAAAAUAACUUUUAAAGUAUAUUACAUCCGAGCGGUUCAGUGUUUAGCCCAAGGGAAGCGAGUUUUGUUUCAGUCAGACGUAAUUGAUUAAUACUUAGGUAUCUACUCGGAUGAUCGGACGGAUAGUUUGAAGUGAAUUUAUGUACACAUUACCAGGAUAUGUUGUUAUACAAAGGAUUUGAUGAUAUUGAAACGGCGCAAGUGCUCUAGGAGGAAAGGAAAAUAAAAGCACCAGCGGAAACAUAAGCGAGCCAGUCUAUUGGCAAGCGCCAACCAGGCUAUUAACAUUCCGUUUGCUCCAUUUGUUCAAACUCCUCUCUAGUUAGCUUCCUAAAAUAACAAUAAUUAAUAUUAAAUUGUAUAAUAAAUAUUUAUUUAUUUAUAUUAAUAGACUUCAGGGCAGUGGAAAAAGUAACGAGUAAUAAUCUCAAGUGUAAUGGCAGAGGCUUUGAUGACAAACGGUACAUCGACAGCACUUGAUGAUGGUACCCACGGGGGGAAUUAUGUGCUCAACAUCCUCAAUCACAUUAAUGAGCUCAAUGACUCGUUACUUAUCAAGGAGAUUGAGUGCUUGACGGCCAAACAUCAGGACAGUGUCAGUCAAAAGACGACGACAACAACAACACAUGAAGCUAACGUUUGUCCGGUUGACUGGGACUCGUUGUUGUGUUGGCCGUCAACUCCUGCGGGCACCAAUGUUAAGUUACCCUGCUUUGAUCAACUUCAUGGAAUUUUAUACGACAGUUCACAAAAUGCUAGCCGAUGGUGCUGGCCCAAUGGUACCUGGGAUAAUCGAACCGACUACUCACACUGUCACGAGUUGAGAUCACGUCAAGUUGCCGAGUCCAGCGUUGAAAUAACAACGACAUUAUAUUUUGUCGGCUACAGUUUAUCACUCUCAACUCUGGUUGUCGCUGUUGCUAUUUUUCUCUACUACAAGGAGCUUAGAUGUUUAAGAAACAAUAUUCAUACGAAUUUAAUGUUGACUUAUAUACUUGCCGAUCUAACAUGGAUAUUAACAACAGUGAUGCAAGUUUCAAUGCAGUCAGAUAUUCCCUCCUGUAUAAUAUUUAUAUCGAUGCUUAAUUAUUUUCAUCUGACGAAUUUCUUCUGGAUGUUUGUUGAAGGUUUAUAUCUGUAUUUAUUGGUCGUGAAAACAUUUACUGGUGAUAAUAUUAAACUGCGUCUUUGUCUUGUCAUCGGAUGGGGUAUUCCUAUCCUUGUGAUAGCUAUUUGGUGUAUCGCUAAAUCAACAGUUGUUAAUACUGAGAAUAUCAAUCAAAAUGGAGCACUGUAUCGACAUUGUCCGUGGAUGGUUUAUCAUCAUUAUGAUUGGUUUUAUCAAAUCCCAGCAAUUACAGUGCUGGGUGUAAAUGUUAUUUUUCUCUUCGUGAUCAUGUGGAUUUUGAUAACAAAACUACGCUCGGCAAAUAAUGCCGAGACUCAGCAGUAUAGAAAAGCAAGCAAAGCACUACUUGUCCUCAUCCCACUCCUGGGGGUGACAUACGUAUUAGUAAUUGCUGGACCAACUGAGGGAGAAGUUGCUAAUAUUUUUUCUUACGUCCGUGCUAUAUUGCUGUCGUCUCAGGGUUUAUCAGUGGCAUUGUUUUACUGUUUUCUAAACACCGAAGUCCAAAAUACAGUGAGACAUCAUUUUUCCCGAUGGAGCGCUGCCAGAAAUUUAGAAAUGGAUAGAAAGUAUUACAAUAAUUGGUCACCACGUUCUCGUACUGAUAGCUUUACUGUCAGCCGUCAGUUCGAUACAAAAAACGAGAAUCAUCAGCAAGUGAGACAACAACCACAACUGUCGUUGGAAUGAAUUCAACAACGACAUUUCUCGAUCGAUCACGAGCAACCAUCUCCGAGGACCUCAACGAGUAAUCAAUCACCACUUAUUAUUAUUAUUAUUAUACUUAAUACAUCAAGGAUCAUUAAUAAUUAAAUUUUUGAUGGCUAAAAAAAAAACAUUUUAUCAAAUAUAAAUUUAAACUAUUUUUUCGUUCGCUCGCUCGUUGUAUUGUCGAAAAAUUGUCUUCCGUAUUUUCAUAUUACAUAUAUUAUUAUUAAUCACUCGCUGUCAUUAAAACAAUAAAUUUAAUUAAUAUAAUAUAUUUAAAGUAAGAAAAAUUUUAACGGGCAAUGGGCUCUAUCAUUGUACCUGACAACUUGAAUAAAAAGAAAAAUUAUAAAAUAUAUAAUAAUAAAUUUACCGAGAUAUAUUAAUGUAUAUUUAUU